CCAUCUGCAUGGAUCAUGUCAUGGUAGAUGGACUUUAGUUUCAUUUGUACCUAUUUUUAAGUGUUGAUAAAACUCUUGUGUAUUCAGAAGAAAUCUGUGUAUUAAUUUGUGGGAUGUACAUUCAGUUUAAUGAAUCAAGAUGACGAUUUUAUCUAAGAAAAAGGCCAUUCAGGGGAAAUCAGAAGUAGAAUCUCCAGAAACUACAACUCACCACAAUGGAUCUCAUUCUCAUGGAAUUUCCCUAGGAUCCUUACCCAGUCACCCACAAAUAAAUGAAAGAAAUCGAGAAGAGCGAUUGAACUCACCUCAUAGUUGGCCUAGAGAAGAAAAAAGAGCUUCUCAUGUACAAGACUAUGAUAGCCAUGAAAGUGGGCCCAGCCACAGUAAGAGGCGCCACCGUUCCAGCCCACACAGGACUACUCGUAGCAGCAAGUUGCGAGAGAGAGAAAGAGCAUCUCCUGGUAGCUCCCCUAAAGCAGGCCCCUCCUGUGACGACAACUCUGGCUACAACAGUGGAGAUGAGUAUGACUCUCGUCGGCUUGGUGAGAUUACCGAAGCUGAAUGGGUGGAGAAAGAUAGACUGUUUGAGAAGAAGAUGCGCAAACGAGGACUGAUUGUGAAGGCUAUGGGAGAAGAUGGAGCUUGCUUGUUCAGAGCAGUUGCAGAUCAGGUCUAUGGAGAUCAGGAGAUGCACGCAGUUGUUCGUAAACAUUGUAUGGACUAUAUCGCUGCCAAUGGUGACUACUUUUCUCAAUAUGUAACAGAAGACUUCUCUAACUACGUCAAUAGGAAACGCAUGGAUUGUACCCAUGGAAACCACAUAGAAAUGCAAGCCAUGAGCGAAAUGUACAACCGUACUAUCGAAGUAUUUUGCUAUGGAAAAGAUCCCAUUAACAUUUUCCAUGGAGUUAAUAAGACGGACAACGAGCCAAUCCGUCUGUCAUAUCAACGUAACAGCCACUACAACAGUAUUGUAGAUCCUCACAAAGCCACCAUCGGUGUAGGCCUCGGACUGCCAAACUUCAGUCCAGGAGGAGCUGAGAAGAGUCUCAUCAAAGAUGCCAUACGUCAGAGCGAAGACUUCCAUAUUGAACAGGCUAUGUUGGAAGACAAGCUACGAGCUACUGACUGGGAAGCUACCAAUGAGGCUAUAGAAGAGCAAGUAGCACGUGACAGCUACCUGCAGUGGCUGCGGGAUUCUGAGAAACGAGACAAAGCUCUAGCCAGAUCCUCCACGGCCACAUCUACAUCGGCUACAGUCACUUGUCCCUCGCCUCGCAGUCCUCGCUCCCGUCACAACAGUCCUAAACAUGACGGUGGAGAGUGCAGUCAGUCUUUCAAUCUCAUAGAGUCUGCCUCCUUUCUUAACAUUGUACCCCCGAGCAUGUUUGGACUGUCAGAGUGGGAGGACGCUGGUAUUGUCGCGCAGGUAUUGGCUGCAUCACAACAAGAAUACCUGGACAAUCUCAAGAAAGCCAGGGACGCCAACAACGCACAAGAGGCAGGCACGAGUGUCGUUGACCACCUUCAACCCUCCACUUCCAGUUAACCAACCACCUAACAUACCUUUGUCAGUCGCAAUAAUUUGUUUUCAACUUCUUUAUGAAAUUGCCAUUUGAAAAAUAUUUUAAAUAACUAUGGCAGUUAGGAUCAUAUCAAAAAUAUGGAAAUUGCAAUUUUUUUACUUUAAGUGUGUGAAACAAGUAAUCCAGAUUUCUUUCCACUUGGUCCUUUGUAAAGUUAUAAAUACACCUUCCAGUGGGUGUAAAAGUGAAUUGUGGAAAAUGUUUUAAACAUAGUUACUUAUGUUAGUGUUUUAUGUUUACAAUUUUUUAAACAUUUUGGAUGCUUCAAAAUAAUUUAAUUUGGUUUUCAGAGGUGAGAAGUUAUUGGGUUUUUAAUAACUCUAAAUUUUAAAUUAGUAACUGAAAUGUCGAGUUGGUAAAAGCUAUGAGUGUAGAUAAAAACAUGAUUUUCCAAAAUAAGAUAAUCUAGAACUACAGGAACUCUGUAAAUAUGUAAAUAUAGGAGUACGAAACACCAAAUUAAUGUUUAAAACAUAACCCUAACCAAUUUAGUCAAUAAGAACAUUCAAACAGUGGCAGUAAAGUUUUCAUACUAUAGUAUAAUGUAAAGUACAUUUUGUUCUUAGAAUAUUUAAAACAAUUACACAAAACUUAUUAUUCUUGUUUUGUAAGUUUUGAUCUGUUUUGAAGUUAUCAAGCUUUUCCCACUACUUUCUCGCCUCUACCUUUAUUCAAUACUUCAAUUGCUUUUGUGUUAGUUUAAGAUUACCUAUCUCAUCUGGAUAGAAAAGAGAUUUUUUUAAGUGGAUCAAUGGGUUUUAUGUGUUUCUCACUUGUGAUAUAGCUAUAAUCAUUUUCUUAGACUGUUCAGCCAGGGCCGGAUCUCCCAAUAGGCCCGGGCCUAGGGUGCAAGCUCCCUGGGGGCGCAUCCCUGGACUCCUCAUCCCAUUUUAAAUUUUGAAGCUUGUUUUUCGUGUCUAGUUCAUGUACGUCUACACUGGAUCACUGGGGUUAGAUGAAAUUUUGUUUCUUUUAUUUUAGAGUUAUUUUCAUGAUUUGUGCUAGACUAUUAAUUUGGUUAUAUAACUAGGAGAUUAGUUAUUGUUUAUGAUUAUAUUGUUUUAUUUGGUUAAAUGAGGUUUUAAAUGACUGAAAUAACAAGAAACAAAUUGUAAACAAAGCACAACCUCUAUAGUUGGACGUACAGAACUAACAAUAAAAUUGGCUUCAGCUGUUCCAUUAGGAUGACAAAUCUACUAAGGGAGUAUGUUUUAUCCAUGCUAAAACGUUCCAAUUUUGAAGCUCCUUUGAACAAAUAAUUAAUGAGAAAUAAUUAAUUAAUUAAUAAUUAAUUGAUGGUAAAGUUAAUCAAUUUUUCAACGUACUUUACAACAUGAAACACAGGAGAAGGCUGUAGUAGGAUGUUGUCUAGUAUUACGUAUCGUCUUGCUACUGCUACUUUGCUGGCACGGCUCUGGUGCUACGGCUAAAAAAGUGAGUAGGGGCGCUUGCGCGGGACAAUGUGUUAUUGUAUCUAGACACUGUUACCAACCUUGACCUAGCAAAACGAAAGUUAUCAAGAAAUAUUUUGAUUAGCUUAAAAUAACCUGCAGUAUCAAGCUAAAAUACUGUAUAUAAUACAGAUUUUUUAGAUCCUUUAAAAUUAACGAAAAAAUAGAUUGAGAUUGCAAUAGGUUUUAGACAGAUUCAAUACCCUCCAAAAGCGCCAUUUAAUUCUGCCUUUCUUUCCUCAGGCAGAAUCGGUGUGGUUAGCCGGAGGAUAUUGCUUUGUUUUGCAUGGUGAAUAUAAUUUAGUUGCAGUAUCACGAUUGACUUAACCAACACAAGUGUAGACUUCUCAUUACAUUGUAAAAUCUAAACAUUAUUUUUCAUGUCUAGUUCAUGUUGGUGACAUUGGGCGCUUGUGUCGACGAAAUUUUGUUUAUAUUAUUUUAGGAUUAUUUUAUGAUUUGUUUUUGAUUCUCUUGUAAUAGGGGACGACCCAUUGUUUUUGAUUAGGGCCUAAAUAGUUUUAUUUGGUAAAACAAGGUUUUAAAUAACAUCUGAAAUAACAAGAUAUUGUCUUCAACUGAUGCAUAAGUCUGACAAAUCUACUAAGAGCGGGUGGUAUCACGUACUAUAUGGAGUUAAUGUUUGUGCCUGAAAUUUGAAGAAACUACGGCAGCAGCAAUGGUCAAGCUUUGUUGCAGCUGGUUAGAUAGUUUUGUUUCAGUCCCACAAACGUGAGCUCACUGUUUGAUACAUAAAACUGCUAAACGUGAUUAAGGCGACAUUUUGUGAAAGCCAGAACCAAGUAAAUUCUUCAAAGAGCUUGCAAUGUGAAAAUUGUAUUGUGGAAUGGUGUUUUGGAAAGUAAAUUUAACUAGAUUUAGAGGCGGAAAAACUAUUGGGCCUAUGGGCACCAAAACGCUAUAUCCGGCCCUGUUUUCAGCAGUACAUUAGUUCAAUUUGAUCAAGAUAUUUUGUGAUACUUUUAAAGCAACUAUUUUUUUUUAUCUGAUCAAUUUAGGAGUUGAAUAUUGAACGUGUUGGUAACUGCACAAUCAAAAUGUGGUUUUAUAUAAUUAUAGUCUGAUACAUGCUUGUCAGUCUGGUAUGUCUUAUUAGUUUUCUUUGUUAACUAAGUCAAAAUAUUUAAUUUUGUUAGACACAUUUUAGUUUUAUAGCUUUUUUCGUGCAUGUACACAAAUCAACUUGUUUCUUAGUUUCAAAUCUGGAUUAAAGAUCCUUGGAAUUGUUACACGCAAAUAAUUUUACAGACUUCUAAGAUGUAUUAAGAAAGUAUGACAGCUGUGAUUGUUUUAUCUUUGUGUUGUUGUUAAGUGUUUUGUAAAUAUUAAAUGAAUCAAUUUGUAUGAAAUUACAAAUCAAAUUGUAAAUUCUAUUAUAAGUGUGUGAGAUACAUAUUUCAUGAUUAAGUUACAUGCAAUAUGAGGUUUAAUUAAUGAUUUUAAAUAAAAAGUGCUUGUGUUGAGACUUCCUCGGAAUUUACAUCUUUUGUGUAGUCAUUCAAGAAAAUAUAUUCAUUCCUAUGACAACUAUGGUAAACGAUUGAGGUACUUUUUAUUGAUGCGUUUUUAUUUGUUAUUUUAAAAAAAUGUUUAUUAUUUGGCUAUUGUCCUUAAAACUGCAGACAAAUUUUAUAAUAUUAGGUAGGCCUAGUUGUCAUGAUCAGUAAAUGAAAAAGCUUAUCACAAUAAGAGUUAUUCUUACUGAACUUUUCUUGUCUGUUAUUAUUACAUAUUGUUAUACUAAUAAACCAUCUCCUUGA